UAUUUUAACCGGAAGUCAUUUUCGGUGAUCUCCAAUAAUGAACCCUGGCUAUGGACGAGUCAGAGGGCAAAGAGGCGGAACAGGUGCCCCCUUCAGUGCGAAAUCCAGACUCCGCUUCUGCUUCUGACCAAGACGAUUUUGUAGAACCUGCACCAGAAGAAAUAAAGAACGCAGUUCUUGUAGCAGCAGAUACCUUUGAGGAAAUAAAUUACGACGAUCUGGUCAACGAAGAUUAUGACAGCCAUCCAAGUGGUGUCAUUCACGCCAUUGUUCGUUCUGGGUCUCAGGACGAACACAGUUCUUCAGAACACAAUGACACAUCCACUGGCGAAGAAUCAAGUGAAGAUCACAAUGAGAUUCCAAAAGAUUUAUCUGCAGCUUUGAAUGAUGUGGUUCUGAAAGAGUUAUCUGCCCCUGUCGAAGAAAUUGAGGAAGAUGAGUACGGAAAGGGGUCACAGUGGCAACAGGAAAAGAAGCAUAUUUUUAUACUAAGUAGUUCUGGAAAGCCUAUUUACUCACGGCAUGGUCAGGAAGAUAAACUGGUGACAAUUAUGGGCGUUCUACAAGCUUUGAUAUCAUUUGUGUCUGCAGCUAAAGACUCAAUGCGUAGCAUUGUUGCUGGAGAUCAUAAGUUUGUGUUCUUAGUUCGAGAACAUAUUUAUCUUGUUGCCGUAUCAAAAGGAUUGGAAUCAGUGCAACAGCUUGUACUACAACUAUCAUAUAUAUAUAAUCAAAUUCUUAGUGUACUUACUUUUACUUCAUUACAAAAAAUCUUCAAACAGAGAAGAAAUUAUGAUUUGCGGAGAAUGUUAAGUGGAUCCGAAAAAUUUAUUGACAAUUUAUUGAAUUUAAUGGACCAUGACCCUAGUUUUAAACUUCAGGCAGUACGAUGUCUGCCAUUAGAUAGUCCCGUUAGAGAAAGCAUUGCUCAAAGUAUAAUUCAACAUGCAAGAGUGAAGGACUUAGUAUUUGCAAUUAUUUUAGCAAACAAUCAGUUAGUGACACUGGUACGAAUGAAAAAAUAUUUCUUACAUCCAAUGGAUCUCCAUUUAAUCAUUAACCUCGUGAAUGCAUCCGAGUCUUUCAAAGCUGCUGAGUCUUGGACACCUAUAUGUCUGCCAAAAUUUGAUGCAAGUGGUUUUCUUCAAGCACACAUAUCAUAUUUAGAUGAAAGUUGCCAAACUUGUAUGCUGUUGUUAUCUGUUGAUAGAGAGUCUUUCUUCAUAUUAUCAGAAUGUAAAAAGAAAAUACAGGAGAGACUAAUUAAAUACAAUGGUUUACAAGCUAUCAGCGAUUCCCUUAUGAAGACAAGUUAUAGUUGUCAGCAAUGUGGAAUAUCAGAUUUAAGACAUUUCUUAUACAAGUCUCGCAGCAUGGCACAGUAUACAAGUCCUGAACUAGAGGCUCCCUACCUAUCUGAUGAGGAACAAGAAAGAUUGUUUGGUUUAUACCUAUACUUACACAAUAGGAUACAUACAUCUGUUAGACCGCUGAAAAUUCUUUAUCAUGUUGGCAAACAUGAGACAUUGUUAGGCUGGGUGACGCAACAGUUUGAAUUAUAUGCAGUGUUUGGGCCAUUGAUAACAAAGCAUACUGCAAUUGGAGCAAUAAAUAAACUACUUCGCUGGAUAAAGAAGGAGGAAACACGACUUUUUAUACUGAACUCUGCUACAUUUUAAUCAAUGUGUUGUGAAUGAAAGUGAUGAAUGUUUUUAUGAUGCAUGUGUUAAGCCAUACAUAGUUGAUUCCAAGAUUCUCAUUCAAAGAUAGAAAAAAAGGCUGACAAGGAUUUUUUUUAUUGUAAGCAAAAAUAAUUUUGUGCUCCUUUUCACUUUGAAAAAACUUAAAAUGUAGCUUUUAAUCUUUAUUUGAGAAUGUAUAGUGAAGAUAAAUUCAAUGAAGUAACACAUUCAAUUAAAUGUUAACCAAUGUCAUUAAAUAUGCUCUACAGUUUUCAGAAAUCGGAUACUGUAAAGUGGCAUAUUUUCACAAGACCCAUUUAACUUUUUUUUUUAAUUCUAGGGGCCAAAAUUGUUCACAAGAGUCUUAUUUUCAUUUUUCCUUGUCGUUGAUUCUGAUCUUUGUUAAGAAUAAAAUGUAAAAAUGUUAGCGGGCACCUAUUCUUCAGUUUCCACUAUCUUAAUUUAAAAAUAUGUAUAAAAAAACUCUGAUUUAAGGUCUUUUUAUUUUAACUUCACAAAUAUUCCAACAUACUGCAGUGUAGAAAAGGUGUCAGUAAAACUGCUGAUCAUUAGUGACCAUAUAAAUGGGUUUUUUUUUCCCCUGAUUCAAAUGAACAAUAAUGUAACAUUUCAAAAUUAAGAUAAAAUUAUGCAGGUUGAGGUAUAAAUGAAUACAGGAUGAGAAUCUUUGAAUUUACUUAUCUGGUCUUAUUGUUAUUUUUUAUUUAUUAAAUCCAUAGACACAUAGA